CGUAGCAGCACUCUCUUACGGCGGGCAUCACGCUGAGUGCAUGGUUUCAUCCACGCUGGAUGCUAAACGAGAUAUUUUAAGAGACAUACUCUGUUGCCUUACAAGGAUUUAACUAUUUAGGCACGAUGGAGAUGCAGAAGUUGUUUCAGCUUUACAUAAAUGCCUUUUGUUUAUUGAGCGUCACCCACACAGUAUUUGCAGCCAGUCAACAUCACUGCAACAUUCCCCUGGUAUCUCUGCUGCCUCAAGUUUCCUUCCAGAGCUCCUCUCAAUCCUCCACCAACAGUGCGCCACAUUUUGCCAAACUCAACAGGAGAGAUGGGGCGGGAGGCUGGUCUCCCCUGGUGCUGGACAGGCAGCCCUGGCUGCAGGUGGAUCUGAGAGACAGGAUGGAGGUGACGGCCGUGGCCACACAAGGGCGCUACGGCAGCUCUGACUGGCUCAGCAGCUUCCUGCUUUUCUUCAGUGACACGGGCCGGGCCUGGCAGCAGUACCGGCAGGACCACGGAGUUGGGAGGUUUGUGGGGAACAUGAACGCUGACGGUGUCGUCCUCCACAAGCUCCCCCACUCCCUGAGAACCCGGUUCCUGCGCUUCGUCCCCCUGGAUUGGAACCCCGUCGGCUGGCUGGGGCUUCGGGUGGAGCUGUACGGCUGUGCUUACAAGUCAGAUGUGGCGGACUUUGAUGGCAGAAGCUCUCUGCUGUACCGGUUUAACCAGAAGUCCAUGUCGACGGUGAAGGAUGUGAUCUCCUUGCGCUUCAAGAGUGGUCAGGCUGAGGGGGUGCUGGUCCACGGGGAGGGCCAGAAAGGAGACUACAUCACUCUGGAGCUGCACCGGGGCCGACUGGCACUCUACCUCAACCUGGACGACAUCAGGCUACGGUUCAGCAGUGGUCGUGUUGCGGUCACUCUGGGCAGUCUUCUGGAUGACCAGCACUGGCACUCUGUCCUCAUCGAGCGCUUCAACAAGCAGGUCAACCUAACAGUGGACACCCACACACAGCACUUCAGAACCAAGGGGGAAGGAGACUCACUAGAGGUGGACUAUGAGUUGAGCUUUGGGGGCAUCCCACUACCUGGAAAGCCCGGAACCUUCCUCAGGAAGAACUUCCACGGCUGCAUUGAGAACCUCUACUACAACGGUAUCAACAUCAUUGACCUGGCAAAGCGACGCAAGCCCCAGAUCUACAGCGUGGGCAACGUGACCUUCUCCUGCUCAGAGUCCCAGCAGGUGGCCACCACCUUCCUGAGCUCCAGCAGCAGCUUCCUGUCGCUCCCGGCAACGCCGUCCGCUAUGGGGGGUCUGGCGGUGCGUUUCCAGUUCCGCACCUGGAACCCAGACGGCCUGCUGCUCUCUACCCUGCUGGCCCAGGAGCCCCAGAGACUGGAGCUGCAGAUCAGCAACAGCCGGCUCUGUCUCACCCACCACACGUCAGCCCAGCAGAAAUCCGAGGUGUCCACUGGUCACAGAGUGAAUGAUGGACUGUGGCACUCGGUGAGUCUCAGCACGCAGGGUCUGCAGGUGACCAUGAGUCUGGACAACGAGCCGGCCUCCACCAUUGAGCUGGGGGAGCACCUGGAGGCAGGAUACAGCUUCUACUUUGGAGGUUGUCCCUCUUCCCAGAGUGUCUCGGGCUGCAGGAACCCCACGAUGGCAUUCCAGGGAUGCAUGCGUCUCAUUGUCAUCAACAGCCAGCCUAUCAACCUCAACCACGUCCAGCAAGGCCUUCUGGGAAGCCACAACGAGCUUCAGUUCGACACAUGUGGCAUACAUGACAGAUGUCUUCCAAACCUGUGUGAGCACGGUGGUCAGUGUUCCCAGUCCUGGAUCACCUUCAACUGUGACUGCUCAGGAACAGGAUACUCUGGAGCUACCUGCCAUAACUCUAUCUAUGAGGCGUCCUGCCAGGCCUACAGACAGGUGGGCAGCUCCUCAGGCUACUUCUCCAUUGAUCCAGACGGAAGUGGACCUCUGGGGCCCACACAGGUCUACUGCAACAUGACAGAUGACAAAGUGUGGACAGUGGUGACCCACAACAGCUCAGGUCCAGUGAGAGUCCAGGGUUCCUCCAUCCAGAAGCCCUACAUUAUGAGCUUCAACUACAGCGCCUCGUCUGACCAACUACGCACCCUCGUAGCCGGGUCCGAGCAGUGUCAACAAGAAGUGACAUAUGUCUGCAGGAAGUCACGCCUCUUCAACACCCGAGACGGCACCCCGUUGUCCUGGUGGGUGGACCAAGGUGGAGAGAGGAGGACCUACUGGGGAGGCUUCCUGCCUGGGGUCCAGCAGUGCUCCUGCAGCCUGGAGGAGAACUGCAGAGACAUGAACUACUUCUGCAACUGUGACGCAGACACAGACUCAUGGUCUAAUGACACGGGAGUCCUCUCCUACAAAGACCACUUACCCGUGAGGGAGGUUGUUAUUGGAGACACCAACAGGACAGCCUCGGAGGCCGUCUACAGCAUCGGCCCACUCCAUUGUUAUGGAGACAAGUCUGUCUCGAACGCAGCGUCCUUCUACCAGGAGUCGUCCUACCUGCACUUCCCUACCCUGCAGGCAGAGCUCAGCUCUGAUAUCUCCUUCUACUUUAAGACCAGCGCCCCCUCAGGGGUCUUCUUGGAGAACCUGGGCCUCAAGGACUUUAUCAGAGUGGAGCUCAGCUCUCCGUCCAUGGUGACGUUCUCCUUCGACGUGGGCAACGGCCCGGUGCUCCUGGCGGUCAAGUCCCACGUGCCCCUGAACGACCGUCAGUGGCACCACGUGAGGGCGGAGCGCAGCGUGAAGGAGGCGUCUCUGCAGGUGGACCAGCUUCCAUUGCGCUUCCUGGAGGCCCCACUUGACGAACACAUCCGCCUGCGACUCAACAGCCAGCUCUUUGUAGGAGGAACGGCAUCCAGACAGAGAGGCUUCCUGGGCUGCAUCAGAACCCUGACCAUCAACGGCGUGACCUUUAACCUGGAGGAGCGGGCUAAGAUGACCCCAGGGGUGAGCUCUGGUUGCCCUGGCUACUGCAGCGGUUCCAGCAGCCUGUGCUACAACAGAGGGAGGUGUCUGGAGAAGAACAGCGGCCACGUCUGUGACUGCUCCCAGUCUGCCUACGGUGGACCAUCCUGCAAGGAAGAGGUGUCUGUGUCCUUUGACCAGGAGUCCUCGGUGACCUACACCUUUCAGGAGCCUUUCUGGGUGAUGCAGAACAGGAGCUCCCAGGCCUCCAGUGUGUACAGAGAGAUGAGCAGGGCCAGAGAGAACAUGGGUUUCAGCUUCCUGACCUCCCAAAGCCCCGCCAUGCUGCUUGCUGUCAGCACCUUCAGCCAGCAAUACAUUGCUGUCAUCCUGGCACGCAACGGGAGCCUCCAGAUCUGGUACCACCUCCAUGCCGACAGGAAGCCAGAUGUGUUUAGCCCCGGAGCCUCCAACCUGGCAGACGGACUGCUUCACCGCAUCAGGAUCCAUCGCGAGGGCAGGGACGUCUAUGUACAGAUUGACAAGGACAUGAACCUGCGGCUCAGCUUGUCGUCGGACGCCAAGUUAAUCUCAAUCAAAUCGCUGACUUUGGGGAAAGUCACAGGGAUGGACUUCGUAGACAAGGAAGUGAUGGAGGCAGGUUCAAAAGGUUUCUUUGGCUGCCUGUCGUCGGUCCAGUUCAAUCACGUGGCUCCUCUGAAGGCUGCCCUGCUGAACCGAGGCAGCUCAUUGGUCAGCGUGCGGGGUCAGCUGGUGGAAUCUAAUUGUGGGGCAUUGGCUGACUCGACAAUCCUACACUCUCAAUCAGAUCAUUCCGAGACCGUUGACAGAGGCAAGGAGCCAUUAAGGAACGCUUCACAAAGCAACGUGGCUGUAAUUGGAGGUGUGGUGACUGCAGUGGUCUUCAUCACUCUGUGUGUGGUGGUGGUGAUGAGUCGUUUCCUGUACCAGCAGCGCCAGGCCCAGAGGAGCACCAGCAGCAUCAAGGAGAAGGAGCAGCAGCGGCACAGCCUGGAGACGGCCUACCGGACCGAGCUGCACCUCCACAACCCAGUCAGAGACAACAUUAAGGAGUACUACAUCUGACACGCAGAGACCAGUUGGUUCAACAGUGGACAAAGCUCUAUUCUGUGUUUGUGUUGAGCGGUGGAGGAGUAGCUCCUGGAAGGGCUGGUGCCUCAGCCCAGCACUCUGGCCCUGGAUGGGGGAGACUAGAGGGAGGUAGUCCUCUGCUCUGGCCUUGUAGGUAGGACACGUCACACUAGCUGAACAUUAGUGACUGAAUAAUAUGGUUGAUGUACUGUAAAUGUUGGUCACUGAGUAUGAACUAUUUUGGUACUCUGACCUCUGGAAGACAAGAGGAAGACGCAAGUGAAGUAGUGAGACAGAGGGCAUGUAAUGCCACACCACUGAAUGUAUCAAAUCCUCUGAUGACAGGAUUGUUCCUGUAACAAACGCUAACCUGGAAAUUCUUCAACUAACAUUUCAGCAGCAGUAUACUAGACGACACCUCCAAGAAGUGUACAAGUAGGUGAGACCUGUAACAUAUGCCAACAGCUCCUGCCUACUGAGUACUCUAGAAGUGACUGGCUGUGGGGGAAUGGCAAAAUGGGAGACGGGACCAAUAUUGCCUACUGUUAAAGAGUGCCUCUUUAUAUUGUUUUUUCCUCUUUAUGUUCAUCAUUUUCUUUUUGGGGUGGAUUAAUGCAAAUUCCAUAUUCCACUUACAUGGAUCAGGUUCAGUGUGGUUUAACUUUUUUGUAACCUGCAACAUCAGAUUGUAGAUGGCGUCUCUAUUGUACUGAGAAGCUUGAUCAUAUCUGCCAGGUUCAAGCUAUAGUUGAAUAAUUAGCUCCCAUAUCCAUUGGAUAAGUUACAGUUUCAGAAAAAUUUGAAAGUUCACUUGAAAAGUGUCAAUGUAACUUAAAUGUGCUUGUACAAUUUACAUCAACAUUCACAAUUACUGAGUAACAUUGAAACUAUUUACAUGAAACUGAACCUUAGAUCAUCGUUUGUUUCUGUUUACAAAAGUAUUAUCAUAUAUCAAAUGUAUUUCUAAAUUAUUUGCAAAGCUG